AGAGAGCAGGUUGUUCAGUCAAGCUUUUGGAUCUUAUCACAAAGAGGGAUUGUUGUACAUACUCUUUUUCUGAAGGACACACUUGGAUCAGUGUCUUUGCUGUCCAGCGGUUACAUUGUGCAGGACUCGAUCAGGACCUCGCUGGACGUAUUUGCAGGAGAAGGAUGAGCAAUUUUCUGUAUUUCCUCCUCCCAGCUCUGGGUGGAUACACUCUCACCUCGGUGUUCCUGCUGAAGAACCCCCAGAUUCUCCACAAGAAGAAACGCACACCUUUUUACUGCAGACACAUCUCACACAGAGGAGGAUGUGGAGAGAGGAUAGAGAGCACGAUGGGGGCGUUCACACAUGCGGCGGAGCAGGGCACACAGAUGUUUGAGAUGGACUGUCACUUGACACGUGACGGACAUGUGGUGGUGUCACAUGAUGAGAACCUGCUGAGGCAGACCGGCCAGGACGUCACCGUCUCCUCACUCAGUCUACAGGAUUUGCCUCUGUAUAAAGAAAGACUGGAGGUGACAUUUUAUGCAGGUCGCUACAGUAGUGGUGCAGACAGGAAGUUCUCUCUGCUGGAGGAUGUGUUCAGGAAGUUCCCCAAGAUGCCUGUCAGCAUUGAGAUCAAAGAGAACAACAAACAGCUGAUGGAAAAGGUGUCAGAGUUGGUUCAACGCUACAACAGGGAGGAGCUCACACUCUGGGCCUCUGUGAACUCCACGGUUAUGGAGGAGUGCCGCAAAACGAACGACUCCAUGCCGUACAGCUUCAGUAUGAACCGAGGUGUGCUAAUGCUCCUGCUUUUCUACAGCGGCCUGCUGCCCUUUGUGCCUCUGGGAGAGAGUUUACUGCAGUUCUACCUGCCACGCAUCAUCAACAGGACGUUCAUUCCUGAGAAGCCCAUGCUGAGGAACACGCUGGUCGUCUCUUUGUUAGAAAAAGUAACAAUGAGGAAGAGUCUUUUCAAACACCUCGCAGCCCGUGGAAUUCAGGUGCAUUUGUUUGUGUGCAAUGAAGAUGAAGACAUGAAGGCAGCGUUUGACGUCGGGGCCACCGGGGUGAUGAGUGACUACCCGGCUCUUCUUUCUAGCUACCUCUCCAGAAACAGAAUGGAGGAUUGACCCCAAACACACCACCACAUAACAACAAUGAAUAACCACGACAAUGGCAGUUUCCUUAUAAAUGAGGAUUAUGUAAAUAAAUGACACUGUGAAAAGGAAGUAAAGAAGAAGUGUGAGACGUUUUUCUUGUUAAGUGAGGAGAUUAGUCGUGAAGUUGUGUAAAUGAUUAAACACGGGGAACAAAA